AUGAGUACUUCCACCAGGAAGCCCAACACUUACCUCCGUGGACGACCGACUGGUCGGUUGGGCCGUUACAAUGGAUGGCUCCCGGCUCGUCCAGAAGUUUACGCUGAGUUCAUCAAGCACCACCGCCAGGUCGGGAAGGAGCGACGCCGCGCCAGAGCCCAGCAUCUUCCGGUUGUCCAGCAGUUCGCGGACACCAUCAACAACGAUCCAGAAAUGUCUGUGUUGAUGGAUCAAAUCUUCCUCCAGGCUGCCAAGCCUCCCAACCUAGACACCGUCGACAACCUCGACGAGUUGCUCUACGCCAUGGAUGCCAUCGUCGUUGCGGCGCCCAAGUUCUACAACGCGAAGGACGAGAACGGCAACAUCAUAGGUGAACCCAUCGGUGUUCCCAUGUUGCUGCUUUUCGAUCUCCUCAGCAACACUGCAGCUGCGUACGAUCUCUUCCGUAAGCCUGCUUUCAACGACGCCCUCAAGGCGGUCCUCGACGAAUGGGGUCGCUACCUGACCACCACUGAAUCAAGCAACGUCCUUAACAACUCUGAAGAAGGGUGGUUUGGGGACGUCGCGCUGGCCAGUCUCGAGGCCGGACGCGGGGACUUCAAUUCCACCUACGUCUGCCCCGACCCCAACGCUGUUAGUCGGGGCUUCCAAUCCUGGGACGCGUUCUUCACCAGAGAAGUACAACCGCAAGCCCGUCCUGUCGACGCGCCCACCGAUAAAUCCAUCAUUCACAACGCAUGCGAGUCGACCACUUAUAACAUCGCCUACGAAGUCAAAAAGCACGAUCAGUUCUGGCUCAAGGCGCAGAAGUACUCCUUGUACGACAUGCUGAACAAGGACGACCAGAUGGCUGACAAGUUCGUCGGUGGAACUGUCUAUCAAGCGUUCCUCAGUCCUCAGGACUACCACCGCUGGCACGCCCCCGUUGAUGGAACCGUCGUCAAGACCGUCCAGGUUCCAGGCACCUACUACGCUGUUCUCCCUGACGCCGGUGCGGAAGAGGACGACCCCGAUCUCCAGCCCGGUGAUCCCCACGGCGCCUUGAUUCGUUCGCAAGGCUAUUUGAACGUGUCCUCCGCUCGCUCUCUCAUUUACAUCCAGGCCGAUAACCCCGACAUUGGCUUGAUCUGCUUCAUCGGCAUUGGUAUGGCAGAAGUCUCCACUUGCGAGAUUAUCGUCGAGGAAGGCCAGAAGGUCAAGACUGGUGACCAGAUCGGGAUGUUCCACUUCGGUGGCUCGUCCCAUUCUAUCAUCUUUGGGCCCCAGUCCAAGGUCACCUUCGCGGACGUCAUCGAGGUCGACAAGCACAACUUGGUCAACUCUAUCCUUGCUCAAGUUGCCAAGGCGUAG